UAAAAGAAUCAAUACUCAUUCUUGCAUAAUUUUAAAUUACCAACUUCAAAUAAAUGAAGAAUGCCCUAAAAAGUUACAUAUGCAAUACAGACAGCAUUAGUUGCAUAGAGCGUUAAGGCACCACCUGAUUAAGGAGAAAUUAUUAGAUCCAUCAAAUGCAUAUGUCUAUUAUAAUUCUCUGAAAGGGAAAAGAGAGAGAGAAAAAAAACAAAAGACAGAACUAUUGAAAAAUCAAAACCCAAAAACGGUAUAUGUGAAAAUAGGACUGAAAGAACUGAAUCCAGAACAUGAGAAUACGCAUUUGGUUUUAGGUCCAGAGGAGGGAACCAAAUUGAGGCUGUUUACACCUCAGCCCCAGCAUAACGGAGUAACAGUCAACCGUUGAGCGCCAAGGCUAUUUCCGUAAUUUCAGCACCAACCUCUUCCCCCUCCUCUCUCCCCCUGCUCCAUCCGCAUAUAUUCUCUGCGUUUCGAACUUCUCUCCUCCCCAGCACUUCCCUCCUUCCUCUGGGUCAUCUCCUUCUUCCCCUCUUCCAUUUCUUGAUCCACCUCCUCCUCCUCCUCCUCCUCCCCCUCUCCCCCCUUUUCCUGGAUCGGACCGCAUCCCUCUUUUUCAUCACCAGAUUCCAUCUCGAUCUGGAUCUUGCGUCCAAUCUGACCCAUUCGUUUUCGCCAUCCAAGAUUCAAGAGAUUAAAGAGAGAGCGAUUGAGGGGAGAGAGACAGAGACAGAGAGAUUGAGGAGCAGAGAGAGAGUCGCAUGGAACCGCAUCUCUUGGAGAUCAACUUGAUCUCUGCCCAAGGUCUGAAGACCGCCAAUGCGCGCCGCAUGCAAACCUACGCAGUCGCGUGGGUCGACUCGGCAACCAGGCUCCGCACCCGAAUCGACCGAGUCGGCGGCGAGAACCCUACCUGGAACGACAAAUUCAUCUUCCGAGUCACAGACGAGUUUCUCGCCAGCGACACCUCCGCCAUCACCGUCGAGAUCUACGCCGUCGGCUACAUCCGCGACAGUCUCGUCGGCAACGUGCGAUUUCUCAUCAACAACUGCCUCGCGGACGCCGGCGCCGGCACCCCGGCCUGCACCGCCGUCCAGAUCCGCCGCCCCUCCGGCAGGUUCCAUGGCGUGCUCAACAUCGGUGUGAUGGUGAUCAACGCCUCGGAUUUCGGGGCCUUGACGAAGGCAUCGGCGAUCGGGUACCGCGACCUAAUGGGGGAGAGUCGCCGGCGCCGUAGCUUCAGCCGGCGGCGAACGAGGAGCGAGCAGUUCCUGAGCAUGGAGUCCCUAGACAACAUCUCCUGCGCCGAUUCGGCAGACUAUUCGGACGGUGCUGAUUCGUCGACUUCAUCUUCGUCGUCGGCAUCAACGGCGCUGAAGGAAUGGAACGGAAUCAGAGAGAACAUGAAAUCGGACCGAUUGGGAUUGUUGUGCGGGUUGCCCCUUCAGAGGAAGAUUCAUUUGAGUCCGUCGGAUCAGAACUUCCAGUGUUUCGACGACGCCGCACCUGAGAAUAAACAGAGCUGACGAACAAACGAACGAACGAACGAAGAAACGGCCCAGAUCAUUUUAGUAGACGUAGAAGAUUCGUUUGGUCCGCUAAGAUCAUUUUGGUCAACUUCCUUGUUGUAUAAAGUUGAAAAAGACACUGGCAAAGUGGCAUUCACCUUUGAAUAAAAAAAGAAGAGGAUUGUGCGGCUCGAAGGCGGGACCUAUUCUGGCUAGCCUACCAGGGUAAGUCAACUGAACUCCAACAGUCUGAUCGGCCCCCUCAAUCCAUAUCUGAUGGAGAGCCUGUCCCGACGUAGGCACGAUUGACCUCAUACCAUUUACUAUCUGAGUAAAGUGGUUGCACUCUAAACUGAAUAUCUAUAGCUAUGGUACCGUGCUCUGCUAUUUGAUCCAUCAAGGUAUGAUAUUAUAUAGGUAACUGAUAUUUGUAAUAUACUAUUUUUACUGUGGUUUCUAAAAUAACCAUAACCUCAUAGAAUUUAUCUGAAAUUCUAAAUAAACUAACUGAAAAUCUAAUUUCUGU